GGUAAUGCAGGGAGUCUUUGGUUGGAUGAUUGGUUGUCAAGCCAAUCAGAAUUUGGCAGCCUCGUCUCUGAUUGGCUGGAAUUAUGGUAUAUUGUAACGCUGGGUUGUGUUGAGCAAGCAAGCUGUCGGUGAUUAGAGAGCACUCAGUGUGGUCAUCAGGUGAGCGAGCAACUGAAACGUUGCACACACGAAAGAGAAUGUCCGUGUGCAUCCAAAUAAACUUUGUAAAUGCAAAAUUGAUUUUUUCUUUUUAUUAAGAAAUGGUUAUGGGUAGGUUUAGGGGGAGAUGUAGGAUUAGCAGCUCAAAAAAUUAUGUUUUAAUGUUGUCAUUUUCCUACACAUUUCUUUCCAUUAUGUUUUAUUCUUUUAACUUUCUGUAUAAAAUGGGUAUGUUUAUGCUUACGUUUGCUUACGUUUAUCUACAAAAUGAUAAAAGGGAAAUUGGACAUAUCUGUAAGCGGAUAGACGAGGAACACACACGUAAGUGAUGUAAACAAGAGUAGGUUUAUUGAAUGCCGAUGAACAACACAGCAGAGAAAGCAGUCCAGGUGAUCCAGAAACCAACAAGCAUGGAGAGCAGGAGAACCAGGACUGCUGGUAGGAACAACUGACGAGACCUGACAGUGAAUAGAGUGUGUGAGGACCUUAAGAGUGGUGCAGAAGAUGAGUGGCAGCCAGUAGUGGUCAGUAAUUGGAAAUGGAGUGCAGAAGGGGAACCAGAGGGAUGCUGGGAAGUGGAGUCCAGGGAAGUAUAUGGUGACCUUUUUCUUCCAAUCAACUUGCAAAUCAGACUGCAUUAAGAAGGGCAAACCUGGAAACAAGAUGAGAUCUCUGCUUGUUCAUUUGUUUUUACAAGCUGUUCUGCUGUUUGAUACUUUAGCAUGGGAAGUGAAAAUACCAAAAGACAUUCACGGCCUCAAAGGUUCCUGUCUGGUUAUACCAUGUUCUUUCUCUUACACGUCAUACCCACCAAAAAACCCACGUCGAGUUGUGUGGUAUCAGUGGGUCUCUAAAGGUUAUCCUUUAGUUUAUGAUCCUCUGCAUGCAGACGAUGUCAUUGAGAUGUUUAAAAGAAAAACUUCUUUAUAUGGAAACCCAUCAAAUGGGGAUUGCAGUCUGCUGAUCACAAACCUGGAACAGUCUCACCAUGGAGAGAAAGUAUAUGCAUGGAUUGACCCUGAAAAUGUUGGGUGGCGCACGUAUGCAUUCUACGAUGUCACCUCUACAAUUCUUGUUGACAAUCAUCCACAGCAGCCCAGCAUCAGUAUUUAUGGAGGUGAAAAGAUGAGUGAGACCAUCACCGUAGCAUGUUCGACUUUCCACACAUGUCCAUACAGCCAACCAAACAUCAUUCUGAAGGGUAUAGAAGGAACUGGCAAAAUGGACAAUGAGUAUAUUAAAGAUGGCUUGUGGAAAAUCACUCUGACAUGCACAGGUGUUGUAAAGGCAGAAUACUUGACUAUUGAGUGUUCUGUAACACAUCAUGGUGGCAAAACAGUGACAGCUACAAAAAACAAAAGUGCCAAAUGUGUUCAUCAUAAAAUAACUAUUGAGCCUGAACUGGCAGAUGUCACUGAGGGCGUCGCAAAGAUCUUCAGUUGUUCUGUUUAUCACUCCUGCCAGAAAGAGACUCCAACCAUCACAUGGAACUAUAAGAACAUGCAGGUCUCAACGGGGAGAAAAACACUUUCUGGUUUAGAUCAGAUCACCUAUUCCAGAAUAACCUUUCUUGGUUCAAAACAAGACCAUGGGAAGAAACUGACUUGCACUGCAAUAUUUUCUGGAGGAAACACUGAAACCUCUGUUGUUUUACGUGUACAACAGAACCAGAAACCAGUCCAGAUCCUGAAUGAAACUAAUUUCCAAUAUGAGGCGGACGUAAUGCCCAUGAUCACAGCGUUGACCCGUUCCUGUGUGGUAAUACCGUGCAGUUUCAAGAUGGAAGAGGAAUAUGUGACCCGCCUCCAGAUUAUUUGGAUCUCCAAAACAGAUGGCUACAUGUUCCACACUAAAACGGACAACAUAUUUGGCAAAUUCAAAGGCCGCACAAGGCUUCUGGGAAACCCUGAUGAGCAGAACUGUACUGUGGAGAUGGAUGAUGUGCAAACUCAUGACAACGGGCCAUUCUGCUUCAGAGCAGAAAAGGAAAACAAGAAAUACAGCUUCAACAACAACUGUGUGUUCAUUAUAAUGCAGGCAUCUCCUAACAAACCUGUGAUGUCGUCCCUCCCUGAAGACAUUGAGCCUGGGGCACACCUCACCGUCAAAUGUUCAGUCAACCACACAUGUUCCUCUCACCCUCCCAAUAUCACCUGGAGCAUCCCAACAGCCCAAGAAACUAUCAGUCACAAUCACAUGGGUGGAGGCGUCUGGGAAACAGUGUCCACUGUGACCUUCAUUCCAAAUGGAUAUGAAGAGAAAGAUGAAAUUGUUUGCACUGCCAACUUUUGGGGUGGUAAAACUCAGAACAAUACUGCCUUCCUGAGUGUUAAGAGAGAUCAAGGUGUUGGAUUCGAGCUUUAUGUCACUGCUUCUUCACUUGUGUUCAUCCUCAUUUGCAUACUUGGAGUCUUCAUGUAUAAAAGGCGUCACAGACAUCCUCGUCAUGAUAUGCAUGUGUCAGAAAGACAGUCUGAACAAAGGCCAAACACAUCUACAGUGUCACAAAACAAGCCUUUCUCCAAGCCUCGUAUUCCAUCACCAAAGAGUGAGCCAAAAUCCUACUCAGGUUAUGAUUAUGAGGGCAACUAUGCUAACAUGGAAGAACUCAACGUGUAUGGAAAUAUAUGAUGAUUAUGUACAAAACAAGGUUCAACACAGUGUUUUUUUCUUCUUUUUUCUUUUUUGAAAAAUGCUCAAAAUAAGUAGAGCAGAUUGUAUACUUAAUCACUGUCUGUUUUUGAGUCUGAAGCAUGUAUGUAUUGACUUAAUUGAUUUUGUUAAUGCUUUUCCACUCUGUCAUUUAUCAAUGCUUUCCAGCAUGUUUGAACAUAACCAUAAAUAAAUAUAAAAUGGAUCA